AACUUUCCCGGAAGAUAACAAAAAAGAAUAGGCAGGACGCUAGCCUGCCAGAUAGUGGAUAAGCUAAACUAUUAUACCCCUACAUGUCUUUCUGGGUUUAAUAUAAACCAAACUAGUUAAUCAUUUAAGUUAUUAUAUAAGUCACAACUCAAUACUUCAUAAUGAUGGAAAUCUGUGUCACGACAAAACCAUUGGAGAAUGCAGAUAUCUUCCUCCCGUUAUCCUCUUUGCGACUGUUGAUACCACCUCUGAGGCUGCUCUCUGCGGCCAUGUGGCAAGUAGCGCAACGAAGAGAUGUCAUGGAUUAUGAGAAGCUAGAGGAGUUUGUCGGCCUUGUGACAGCGACAGUUCCAGACCUGCUGAAUGAGAAACAGAAGGCCAAGCUCCUUCUGCGGCUGCGAACAAGGGUGAUACUAGAGUUGUGUUCUGCUGAUCAUACAGCCGAUAUCCAGAUCAUCCAACCCCACCUGGACAGAAUUCGCCCCCCUGGACACACAGGGAGUGGAGAUGCUGAGGUGGAUGCAGAGGAGGCCAUCUUCCUGGAGCUCAUCCAGACUCUGCUGAAAGACCCAGCGGAGAGAGAACACUUCUUCCAGGAGGUGUUUCCAACGGAGUACGGCGCCAACUAUGACACAGAUAUGCAGCUACUUGUGUGGGAAUUCCUCUCUAAACUGGAGAAGAUACUGCCAGUACCAGACCUUGGACAGACUGUGUCAUGGCUCAGUUCCGCCCCCUCUGUCCUGGAUGAGUGUUUGCAGGCCCUCUCUCAACCAGAGGACCUGAAAUCCCUGCUGCAACACCACACAUGUCUUGAGAACUUGGGCACUCAGAGUCACACCAUUGAGAUGUCUUCCCAGGUCUUUGCCUGUUUCCAGUGCCCAUUCUUUCACAUGCAGGAAUCCUACCUCCUCCAGCACAUUGAGCGAAAUCACCCAGAGGAGUACAGCAAGCUCCAGAAAACUGAAGAGAAACCAGCGCCUCCCAGGAAAAAGUUCCCCCGUCCUGAAUUCCCCAAGCCUUUCCCUAUCCACGCAAGCUCUGAACCCGGUGCGCACACGUGCCACGAGUGUGGAAAGACUUUCACGCGCUCGUCAGACGUGACCAGGCACCAGCGCAUUCACACAGGGGAGCGUCCGUACACCUGCAAGGAGUGCGACAAGGGUUUCAAAAACUCCUGGGAUCUGACGAGGCAUCAGCGGAUUCACACCGGGGAACGCCCAUAUAUCUGCCCUCAAUGUGGCAAGGGGUUCACCCAACUAGGCCUACUAUCACUGCACUUCACAAGAACACCUUGUGGCCAGAGUGCUGAUCCCCCGCUACAGUCCACAGAGCAACAGGAGGAGGAGCCAAACGACAAAGGGAGUGGUCAGUACAAGUGCCAGAAAUGUGGGGCUAGCUUUGACACCAUACUAGAGCGGCUGAAGCAUAGGCAAACCCAUGUGGUGAAUCGCCAGUACAAGUGUUCCCAGUGCGAGAAGAUCUACGGCCGUCCGUCUGACCUGAGGAGACAUCAGAUGAAGCACACCGGAGAGAGACCCUUCCCCUGCGCAGAGUGCGGCAAGGGCUUCACUCACGUGUGGCUGCUGAACAAGCACCGGCAAAUCCACACCAAGGAGCGGCCAUACCCGUGCCCGGAGUGUGGCAAGAGUUUCACCCAGUUACAGAUACUGAACAGACACCAACUGAUUCACAACGGGCAGAGGCCUUUCCAGUGCUCCUACUGCGAGAAAAGCUUCACUCAGCUCGCAGGCCUGACAAGACAUGAGAGGAUUCAUACAGGGGAGAGGCCAUAUCUCUGCACCGUCUGUCAGAAGACCUUCCUAACACAUGGGGAGCUGGUAAGACACCAACGCAGCCACAGCGAUUUCAGACCAUUCUCUUGCUCCCAGUGUCCCAAGAGCUUCAAAACCAAGCGUGCACAGAGUGAACACAUGAAUACCCACACAGGGGAGCGACCGUUCUCGUGCGCACACUGUGGAAAGGAGUUUGCUAAGUCUACUUCACUCAUAAGACACAAUCUGAUGCACACAGGGGAGAGACCGCAUCAGUGCACUCAGUGUGGCAAGACCUUCCUUACCUCUGGGGAGCUGCUCCUCCACAGGCGAAUACACACAGGGGAGCGGCCAUACCCGUGCUCAGUCUGUGAACGGAGGUUUAGGUGUUCAUCAGACCUGACCAUGCAUCUGCGGACACACACAGGAGAGCGGCCAUACUCCUGUCUGUUGUGUAAAAAGUGCUUCUCCACGUCAACGCGUCUCAAAAGGCACCUGCGCACUCACAUAGGGAAAGGUGUGUAAUCAUGGCGAGAGCCUUUGAAAAUAUUGUCAAGUAUAUUAAUUUAUUUUCCAAAUCAUGUUUAUGGACUGCAUUACAGAAUAGUAUAAGGUGACAUAAUAUAUGCAUUUUACUAAGAAACUCAGCCUUACAACACGCCUCUAUAAUUUUUUAAAAUCAUGCCUUCAAUUCACAUUAAACAUUUUAAUUUCAACA